ACUUCUUGACCUUGGUCUCCUGCUGGUCCUCGUCUUUGGUCGGGUGCGCAAUCAUGUCUGUCCUGACGCCACUGCUGCUGAGGGGCCUGCCUGGUUCGGCCCGAGGGCUCAUGGUGCAGCGCGCUCAUGUCCACUCAAAGCCGAAGCCGCAGCGGGAGCAGAUCGGGGUCGUGGAGGUCACCGUUGGGCUCACUUCCUGCUUUGUCUGUUGCCUCCUGCCUGCGGGCUGGAUCCUGUCGCAUCUGGAGAGCUACAAGAAGGGAGUGAAGGGAGCUUCCUCCCUCCUGUGA